GCACACUGCGCAACUGCAGUUUCUCUAGGCACUGAAAAAGAGAACAAAAAUGGCUCUCGAUAAUUUUCUCUUUGCCCAGUGUAUACUUUAUUUUUUGGCUUUUCUCUUUGGGUUUAUCGCCGUAGUUCCGUUAUCUGAAAACGGUGAUGAUUUCCAAGGGAAAUGUCUGCUAUUCACUCGGGGGAUGUGGCAGAACGAGAACAUCACAGUGGAGAAACAGAGGUUCAUUGUAGAGGAAUGGGGGCCAGAAUCUGCUUGUCGUUUCAGCACUUUCGCUGGGAUAGUGUCCCUCAUUGUAUCUGCAGUGCAGGCGUGGAGAAUACUAUUCUACCUCUGCAAGGGUCACGAUGACUCCUUCUUUUAUGCCUUCGUAAAUCUGCUGGCAAGUUCCUUUGUGGUUUUUGUCAUCUUUGUUGCCAGCACAAUUGUCAGCGUGGGAUUUAACAUGUGGUGCGAUGCCAUCACUGAAAAUGGAAGCAUGCCAAACAGCUGUGAGGAGCUGCAGGAUACUGAUUUGGAACUGCAUUUGGACAACUCAUCCUUUUAUGACCAGUUUGCCAUUGCACAGUUUGGACUGUGGGCUGCUUGGUUGACGUGGCUGGGAAUCACUAUCCUGUCUUUCCUGAAAGUCUACCACAAUUACCGACAGGAAGACCUGCUGGAUAGCCUGAUCCAUGAGAAGGAGCUUCUGCUGAGGAGGUCUUCCAGACGAGGAUCAGAUCUGGAUGACAAGAGUGGCAUGAUCUAAUGUCCAUCUCUUUGGAGUUCCAUGCUAUUUCCAUACUUCCUUUGAAUUGCCUGUGGUUCUCCCUGCCAUAGUUAUUUACAUAUUUGAGCACAAUUAGGUCUAUUCCAGGCUGGUUUGGAGUGUAAUCUGAACCUUGAAGGGUAACAUAAUAUAAUACCAUAAUACCAUAACAUAAUUGAACCUCAGAAGAACCAUUAGCCAAUCACAUAAUUGCCAGCAAUGGUAAGAGAUUGGGAGAACAUUGGUAAUGAAAAGGUUUGGAUGUAUGUCAGCAUGGACACUAUGUUACCAGUACCCCUUAGUACAAAACCAUUGCAUUGCCAUUGUAGAUCAUUUUGUAAGGAAGCACAUUUUUACAGACAGCAAAUACUUAUUUGAGCAUGGCUCUGCAGUGAGAGCAGCUCUCAAUAAGAUAGAACUGCUCCAUCACACCUUUGUUGCUCCGAGACAAAUAUCACUGAAAGUACCAUGUUAAGAACUCAGUUUUCACACGGGAAUGGAUGGAAGUCAUUUAUUACUAAACAAAUUAUUUAAAAAAAAGUUUGAAUGCCUAAGCAUGGUUUUACAGACACUGGUUAACACUAAUCUUGGACUAUCCAGUUUAUCCUUUACUCACUUAUCCCUUGACUAACUCGGUCAUUGACAAUUCAUCUUUUGAGGCACCAUUUCCCUCCACGUCAGGUGAUCUUUAGUGACUUGGAGAAGUUCUUACUGCGAUUUCCCCAUAGGGGUGCUCUGGACUCUGCUGCUCUCUGCUUACUGCUGCUAGUAAAUGCUCAAGGGAUCUAAUCAUUGCAGUUACUUCUUUAACAGAGCUGUUCAUUUAACAGAGCUGUUCAUUUUAUGUGUGGAUUAUGCUAUCAGAAGAAUUCUUCUGAUACUUUUGAAGUCAAAAGCUUCAUUUCUUAAUUCUCUUGUUGCUGUUAGAGUCCAGGUUUCCUAUCCGUACAGGGCUGUUGAGAACACAAUCGUUCUAAGAAGUUUUAUCUUGGAUGCCCUUGAAAUGUUCUUGUCUUUCCAGAUUAGGUCAAGUUUUGCUACUGCUGCUAUUGUGAGGGCAAAUCUACUUUAGAUUUCUGUUUCAGAUUUCCCAUCUUUUGUGGUGGAGGCUGCGAGGUAUUUGAAUGAGUCCAUGUGCAAACUUCUUGUUCUGCAUCAGAAUGAUCCAGUGGUUGUUAUUAUUUUUUUGCUGAGGUUAAGCUUCUUUAUCUUUAUCUUCUUUAUAAUGCUUCUUGCUAUAUAUAAUCACAUGCUUUAUUGAAGUCUGUGAAGUUGUGACGUAGUUCCUUUUGGUGGUCUAUGUGUUUUUCAUUCAGUAUUCUCAAGUUGAAGAUUGCUUCUUCCAGUCCUGAAACCUGCUUGCUCUUCUACAAGUAAUGAAGCUUAGUAGUACUUUGCUUGGGUGACUGAUUAGGCUGAUGUGGUGGUGUGGUGGUUUUUGCACUGGUUCCCUUUCUUGGGCAUUGGGAUCACAGUAGAUCGUGCCUAUAGGGUUAGCCCCCUCCCUGACUUCAAGGCAGUGUUGCAUAUUUUAUGAAGUAUGUCAAUAGUGACAUCUCCCCCAUCUUUCAGCAGUUCUGCAGCUAUGCUGUCUAUUCCUGCUGACCCACCAAGUAUGGAUAAAUCUUUAGGUAAUUAUUGCUAAUCGGGGUCUGUAAAACCAGACUUUAAUAUAAACAAGUGGUACAGUUUAAAAGUUGUGCAUAAAUGAUAGCCAGGGUAUGGGAGUGCAUUACAUACUCUAUAUAUCAAAAGAAUUCCAAACAGUUGGCCAUUGAACUUAAUGCCAGUGAAGGCAAUGGAAAUGGAAGUUUGUAAACAACAAAACUCGAUAAAAUGCUUUGUAGUUGGCUGGACCUUACAUGCAAUACAUGCCACCCUUUCUGUGUUACAUGCUUUGGUUGCCAAACAUUUUUCAUGCUGUGUACUUUAAUGGAAGCAAUGUUGUAUGUACAAAGUUGAGAGUGGAGUGUGUUCAUGCCUAAUUCUGUUAGCAUUGCAAGCAUGCACUGUUAAUUAGUUUUGUCUCAUGUAUUGCAUAGAUUUGAGCAGAUUUGUAACCUAAUGCUUUGAUAGAUUAUUGCUAUGGAUUUUGGUCUGCUUCAUUAAUGCUAUCAUCUUAAACCUCUAUGUUCCAAUUAGCUGAUGUCCAUUCUUAAAGAAAUGUAGAUAAGGAAAAGAUAUAUUUAGAGGCAGGGUAGCUGGUUUAUUGGCAAUGUCUUAUAUCUUGGUUGCAUUAUCUGUUAUGCAGCAGUCUCCACAAACUUGUAUUUUAUUAUGGCCCAGUUCCCCAAUUUCUAAACCUCAAUAAAAAAUAUGAAAAAGGAAAUGUUUAAAACUAUACCAAACACUCCCAGAACACAAAAUGACAGAGCAAAUCAAGUGCGAAUCCAAAAUUACCUUUAAAACUAAAAAAAAAAGCAAUUAGAAAGGGAUUUGCCAAUUAUUUUACAAAGAAAAAAAUUGCAUUUGCAAUGUUUUUGCAUUCAUUUCCAUCAAAAUCACAACUUUUCAAAUGAUGCACUAUGUUUGCUAGUUUGUAUCUAGAGGCAGAAUUGGCCACCACCACUUCAGUCUGGCUGUGUACAAUUGUGUGCGGUUUACUUAAAUCAGUGUUACUUGUAAUAUGCACUUUAAAAGACCAAUAGACCUUGUUAAACUUGCUGUGGAUUUUGUGUUUCUGCAAAAGUCUAACUGUUGAGCACAAGUGUAGGUACUGAAGUGUUCUUUCAAUAUGUGUACAGUACUUGUAUCCUUGUGAACAGCUGUUGCAUUGUAUUGCUUAAACCUCUUAAAGCAAGGCUUCCAAGUAUUGUGCUAGUAACAGUAUUAAUUGCAACUCAGUAUGGAAAGGCAAUUUGUAAUGGAUGAUUAAAAGUGUUUUGUGUCUUAUUAUUGCUCUCUAAUUAAAAGCAUAGAUAUGAAUUUAUAUAGUUGUUGGCAUUAUAUGUCAGUGUUCUCGUUCAGACUUUACUGUCUGCCCAGGUCUACCACACACACAGUAGUAUUAGGGGGGCUGUAGUGGGAAGCAAGGCUCAUCUGUAAACAUUUUUGCUUGUUUAUUAUUUAAGUUUUCUAAAAACAUGGGGCCAAAUAUUCAAAUGCCUUGCGUGUGUUGUGUGAUGAAUAAUCCCACCACGAGCUAAAUUCAAAGGUUAAUUUGCUUGCAAAUCACUAUGUUGCAUGGAAAUCACUUAAGACUUGAUACACUCCUCUUAAUUAUUAUGCAGGAAGUAUUUUUUAGAUUUUACUUAGAUUUCAAAACAUUCGCAACGCAAGUAGAACCUUUUUUUUUGCACCAUGAAUUCUCUACAUAAGAAAACAUCGGAAUCUAAA